CUAAAGCUUCAGGCACAAAGAGAGUGCGUGGCCCCGCGCCCCACUGCACGCGACUGAAUGGCAUUUUAACACACACAUUACAGACACACACACACACAUACCACCAGACCAGCGCACAGACAGGAUACAGGCAGCACAUACACACAUCAGUGCACAUAAACUGGCACCAAAAUGGAGCUGGAGCACUUUGAUGAGCGUGACAGAGGUCAAAGGUCAAGGCGAGGGCUGCCCCCGAGCCCCGCGCACAGCGCCCACUGCAGCCUGGGCCGCGCUCGCACACUGCAAGCCCUCAGCACCGAGAAGAAAGCCAAGAAAGUGCGUUUUUACCGCAACGGUGACCGGCACUUCAAAGGCAUCGUGUACGCCAUCUCCCGGGACCGCUUCAGGUCUUUUGAUGCCCUGCUGGCUGACCUCACCCGCGCCCUCUGCGACAGCCUCAACCUUCCACAUGGCGUUCGCUACUUAUACACCAUCGACGGGUCUGCCAAGAUCACCAGCAUGGAGCAGCUGGAGGAAGGUGAGAGCUACGUAUGUGGUUCAAUAGAACCUUUUAAGAAGCUGGACUACAUCAAGAACGUCAAUCCUAACUGGUCUGUAAACAAGACCAGCCUUUCUUCUCGGAUGCCCACCUCACUGGCCAGUGCCAAAGCCAGCUCCCUGGACACCAAGGAAAACAAAGACUUUAUCCGGCCCAAGCUGGUGACCAUCAUCAGAAGCGGUGUGAAGCCUCGCAAAGCCGUCCGAAUUCUCCUGAACAAGAAGACCGCACACACUUUUGAGCAGGUUCUCAGUGACGUCACGGACGCCAUCAAGCUCGACACAGGAGCUGUCAAGAGGCUCUACACAGUGGAUGGCAAACUGUUGACGUGUCUGCAGGACUUUUUUGGUGAAGACGACAUAUUCAUUGCAUGUGGACCUGAAAAGUUCCGCUACCAGGAUGACUUCCUGUUGGACGAAAGUGAAUGCAGGAUGACGAAAUCGCAGUCUUAUGGUCGGCUUUCAUCGCUGCAGGGUCGCUGCUCUCCCCGAAGCGGCGGUGCCUCAUACAGGAGCAAGUCUCCCGUCUCUAACAGCUCAGCUAAUGGAACAGCAGGCAGUCAGCUAUCUACGCCUCGCUCGGGAAAAUCCCCGAGUCCGUCUCCCACCAGCCCAGCCAGCCUUAGGAGACGGCGGAGCUCUCAGCACAGCGGCUCGUCUCUCUCCCUGGCUUCUACUAAAGUCUGCAGUUCCAUGGAUGAAGGUGACGGUCCUGCUAGUGAAGCUGAGGUGGUGGAGGAAGGCCCUCAGGUUCCUGUCUCUAUAGCGGAGAGGUACAAGGUGGGAAGGAUGAUUGGAGACGGGAAUUUCGCAGUGGUGAGAGAGUGUGUGGAGAGAUCCACGGGCCGAGAGUAUGCACUCAAAAUCAUCAACAAGGGCAAAUGCAGAGGCAAGGAACAUAUGAUCCAGAAUGAGGUGUCUAUUUUGAGGAGGGUAAAACACCCCAACAUAGUCCUGCUAAUUGAGGAGAUGGAUACGUACAGUGAGCUUUACCUGGUCAUGGAGCUGGUCAAGGGUGGAGACCUCUUCGAUGCGAUCACUUCUACAAAUAAGUACACUGAGCGGGACGCUAGCGGGAUGCUGUACAACCUGGCCAGCGCUAUCAAGUACCUGCACAGUCUGAAUGUAGUGCAUAGAGACAUCAAACCCGAGAACCUGCUGGUCUAUGAGCACCAGGAUGGCAGCAAGUCUUUAAAACUUGGUGAUUUUGGCUUGGCCACGGUGGUGGAUGGACCUCUGUACACUGUGUGUGGCACUCCGACAUACGUGGCACCAGAAAUCAUCGCAGAGACAGGUUACGGCCUGAAGGUGGACAUCUGGGCAGCCGGUGUUAUUACAUACAUCCUGCUCUGUGGCUUUCCUCCCUUCCGUGGAACCACUGAUGAUCAGGAGGCUCUGUUUGAUCAGAUUCUCACAGGACAGCUGGAUUUCCCUCUGCCAUACUGGGACAACGUGUCCGACACUGCCAAGGAGCUCAUCACAUAUAUGCUGCAAGUGGAGGUUGAGCAGAGAUACACAGCUCUGCAGGUUUUAGACCAUCCCUGGGUCAACGACGAUGGUUUGUCUGAGAACGGGCACCAGCUGUCAGUGGCCGGAAAAAUAAAGAAGCACUUUAUCACAGGGUCGAAGUCGAGCAGCACAGCGCCUGGCGUGUCUGUUAUAACAAGCACCGCUCUUGAUAAGGAGAGGCAGGUUUUCAGACGAAGACGCCACCAGGAUGUGAAGUCCACCACCACUCGUGCUCCACGCAGCAGCUUCCAGUCGAAGCCUUCAGCUGGACCCAGUCUCACCCCUGCAGAGUUUACCUCCGAGUCCGAGGACUACUCGCCCAGCUCCGCCGAGACUGUGCGCUCCCCAACCUCACCGUUCUAAACAAUCCAACAUCCUUCUCCUAGACAUACACACUCUGAACAGAGUCAGAGCGUCAAUCUAGUAUGUGACUGGAUCAAAAGAAAUUUGGAAUGGUUUAAUGAUAUAAGCUCUUUAAGAAACUGCAUGUUUUGAUCUGGAACACUUCCUGGAAAUCCUGUAUUUAUAAUGCAUUUUAAAAUGGAGUAAUAUUUGACUGUGUACAGCAUACACAACAUACAUACCUAUGUAAUAUAUAAAUAUUUAAACAAUACUACUCAUUAUUAUGCCAAAUUAUGUGACUUGAGUAUUACCAGUAUUUGUAUUUUUAUUCAUUUUUCUGGUACUAUUUAUUGAUCAACUUUGUUGCAUAGCAUUUGGAUACCAGAACUACAGCAUUAGUAGAGCUCCUGUUAUAGAAAAUGAAAAAUCAAUAAUGUUAUGAAAACACAAUGACAGGAUCUGCUAAGUUGUAAUGCUUUAUAACCUGCCACAUGCUUUCUAAAAAAAGAAAUCUACAGAACUUUGCAGAGUUAUUUAUAAAAUUCAGAGAAUCUUAUUUCCCUUAACUACUGUACAGUAUAUGGAACAAAAUUAACCAUAUAAUAUUUAAAAAAGGUAUUUAAUUUUUGCUUGCACCCAGAACUAUUCAUUAGCAGUCUACAGGUAGUGUGCAUGUUACCCGACAAGCAUUCGUAAUGCAUUAUGAAUACAGGAUUCAUUAAUAGGUGUUACCGAUCGGUUCUGUUUUGAAGUUAUAACAAUAACAUUUAGUGUAGGCGUAAACUUGUAGCGAGUUCUAAAAAUAUAAAAAGAAAUAAAAAGAACAGAUUUUGCAGAAUUUACUUCCUUAAAAAUUGAAAUUUGAGUAUUUAAAAAAGCACAACCUUUGGUCUAAAUUAGUUGCUAAAAAGCAAACAAACAAACAAACAAAAAAAAAAAAUAAAACUACUAGAUACUUAUCUGGAUUCAAAAGUUGGCAGUAAAAUACAGCGCACUGAUGCGUAAUUGUAUACGUUUAGUGUUUAACUUUAGCGCUGGUCAACUUCAGCACAAUGGGAACGUUUUUAUUCCCUUUGUGUUGGCGUCGUCCCGUUUCUUAAAUCUGUUCUGUUCAUAUGCCCUUAAGUGUCUCCACUGUAUAUAAUAAAAGAAAAAGUGCUAAUACUGUACAUGGAGUAAAUGAACUAGUAAGAUGAACAGAUGAAUGUGAAGUUCAGAUAGGAUUCUCGUUCUACGGAAACCUUAUAGACCUUAAAAAUCUAAAAUCUUCCAUAAUGCCACAAAUCAGUAUUUUUUUUAAAAACAGUGUUUUAUAUUUAUUUCUCCAUUUCAUUUCAUAUCCGCCAAUCCACACAUGCAUCAGGCUUCUAAGCCUCAAGUUUCAUUGUUGCAAAAGUCGUUGAUUAUCAAGCUCCUGAAAUGUUUUAUCAACAUCAAUAAUGUAGUAGGUUAUUUCACCGUACACCAUAUUUAGUGGUUAGGUUGUUUAGAAAUGGAUUAGAUUAUCCUUAAAAUCAGUCAAGUCUUUUCUUUGAUUGACCGGUGCUAUUUUAGAUAGACAAGAAAUGUUUACAAAAUGGCGAUUUUUAAAUCCUUGAUCAUCAAGUGUGUGGUCGUAAAUAUGUUAGAUCCCACAAGUUACAAUUUCAAAUUAUACUAAAUAAGGAAGCAGCCAGUGACUUGCACUUUGUUGUAUAAACCUCAGACUUUACCUGCAAACAAAACCCACAUAUAGACGAAGUAUAAUGCUUAAACAAAAGAAUUUGAUAAAUAGUGAUAACAUGAAACGGAAUGGAGGAUUAGUAAUACACGCCAUCCCAAAAGUCUCUAUACAUAGGCAAACUUAACACUUUUUAGCGCAAAUGUAGAGUAACUAACAAAAAAAAUCCUCUACAUACAGUGUGUUGGUUUGGCGUCUGGAUACUGCAGAUGGGCUGCGAGAUGUCAUGUCAUUACUUAUAAUUAAAUCAAAGUUUUUUUUGUUUUCAAUUUUGUUAUUAUGUUUAAAAUUUUCAUAAAAUAUUUCUGAUUACGUGUUUACAUUUACAAAGUAACCAGAAGUAAUAAAACAAAGCCAGGCGAUUUAAAUAUCAUGAUAUUCUUCAUUUAUCUCAGUCACAUCAAAGUUUCUGAUUAAAGGUUUAAAAGACUUUAACAUUUCAAACUGAGUCGCAGUCUUGGUAAAUUUGAAAUGGCUUCUCAAAAAAAUAUAUAUUUUUUUUUGCAAUACUAGAAAAAAAAUGUCUAUCCCACUUUGUUUUAACACAGCUUGUGUCAUGCAUGUAACUGCACUUUGAAUGCGUAUAUAACAUCGUUGUGAUGGUCCAUGGUCUUGACAAAUCUAUAAAAAAAAAUGUACAGUAAUAACCACAAGUAUGAAAAUUUGUUAAAGAUAUUUGGCUAAAAAGGAAAAUAAAAAAACUCCUAUGGGUUUUUUUUGGCAAACAGAGAGAGUAGUUCAAGAUACAAAAGCUAUCUAUCUAAGAGGAGAUAAAAUAGGCUAAAGGUAGUUGUAAAAGCAAAACGUAUGUUAGACAUAUAAAAUAAUAUUUAUGCGCCAUUCAAAAAGAGUGGCGUAAAUAAUUUACAUUUUUCAUUAUAUACAUGCAGUACUGUGCAAAAGUCUUGAGCCACACAGUGAGCGAAGAAUCAAGCAGAGAAAAAAAUUAAAUCAUUAAAAAAAAUCUAACUUAAGGCAUAAACCGGUGAGAAACACAGAUACUGAAUGCUGAUUGGUUAGAACAGAUGAGAGGGGAAAUGAGGUCGCUGCUGGAGGUUUGUAAGUUAUACCUUUGGGCACUUUGCAGCCUCACCGUAAAACGUUUGUUCCUAUUUUUAUUUAUUUAUUGUUCAUUUAAUCUGCAUUAAUAUACUUAAUUUACUAUGAAGAAACUAGGGGUGACUCAAGACUUUGACAGUACUGUGUACUGUAUAGUGUUUCGACAUUUUGUCCUAAUGCUGUGUAAACUCAAAACAUUUCAGUUCUACUGUAUAUGUUGCGUUUUUUUGUUUGUUUGAUUAUGAUUAAUUUAGACAGGGAUGGGCAGAUUUAUACUUUUUAUCCAUCUAUUAAUACUGACAAUGAGCACAUUAAUACAGUCAAAAGCUUUCAUUUGAAUUAGAGCGGUUGCUCCUAAAAAUGGAAAAUCAGUCCCAACCUUCUGACCAAUCAAGAAUUCAGCAAUGCUUUUUGUGAUGAUUUGAUUGUAUUGAUUAAUUAUUUGGAUUUAUUCUAUUAGAAUUGAUUUUCCAGAUCAGGUGCAAAGGAAAUUGGCUAAAUAAGAUCUUGAGGUUAAGGUAAAGCACAGGAAUGAUCACAGACAUGUCUUAAUUGCCUUAGUUAGUUUAAAAAAAACACACAAUUUAUCCGUUUUUGAAUGUUAAACUAUUUAUGAAUGUGAACUUUUAUAAAAACACCAAAAAACAAGUUUAGCUACAUCAUAAUUUUUUUUUUUUCAGUUGAAAAUGGCCUUUGAUGUUUUUAAUCUGAAUUUACUUUUAAAAACAUAGACUAGGAUAAACCCAGGAUUCUUUUUAAAGCUACCUACAUCUGUAUCAACUCUGACUCAUGUUUAUUCUUUUACUGGUUUUUUUUUUCUGUUGUCUUCAAAAUACUGUAUGUUAAUAAUGUAAAGUUUCUAUCUGUUUCUUCAGUGUGCAAACGGUUUAAAAGCUAGUUUAGUAGGAACAGGCACAAAAUCAUGACAUUAGCACAAAGAGUAGCGCGAGCAAAAAGCACAGAGACGUUAGCAUGAAAAUUUGCCUUUUAAAAAUCUACAAAUGAUACACGAUUGUCUGAAAAGUCAUCAGUAACCGAAGUGAACAGAUUUUACACUGGUGAUGUGUAUGAAAUUCACUCCUUAUAACUGUUUGAGGAAAUAAUAUUAUGCAAAGUCCAAUGAAUGGAAGGUUAACCUGUAUCUUUUAAGCUGUAUGAUUGGCUGGUCAUUGUCUUUUUCUUUAAAAAAAAAAUGUGGUGAAAACAACAGCUUUUGUUCUGAUCGUGAGCGGGAAGUGGCUUUGCUUCCAAGUAGCAUUUAUUUAAACAGUGGUGCCCUC